CUGCUGAAGAAAUUGAAAGAAAAUGUUAAAAAAAAAUCCUAACAAAGGUACAGAAAUAAUCUAAAAAGCUUUGACAUUCAUCCACCCAGAAGCUCUUCAUACAGAGUUGUCUGCUGAAUCCAGAUGGCAAGGUUGGUAAUUUGGGUGGCUGUCUUCAUCUUAUUUGGAUCCUGUCUUGGAACUCCACUAGAUAAGUUCAACAAGUUUUUGCAGAAAUGUAAAAAUUGGAUGGGCUGCCCAACCCAGCUGGAUAUGGCUUCAGACUCUGUUGAUGACAUGUACAACAAAUGUGAAGAGAAGAUGAAGGAAGAAAUAGAGAAAAAGUUUUUACCAAAUGAGCAAAACAAAAAUGAAAACUUCAAGCAGGCGUGGAAUAAAGCCGAGGAAUACUACAAGAUUAAAUGGGAGAAGAAGAACACGCAGCUGAAGAAAGAACAAAUCAUGGCUCUUCAUGCGUACACCCUUCAUGUCCCACCUUUAUACAGUGAAUUCAACGAUGCAGUCCGAACACAAAAAUCUGAGUACAAAACCAAAUUUCCAUAUCACACUCUGCACUUCUAUCUCACCAUGGCUCUGCGCACCAUCAAACCUAAAGCAGAAAAUUGUGUCACUGUUUUCAGAAGAACUCCCUGUAAAUUCAGCACAGAUGUUCUUAACAAAGAGAUUCGUUUUAGUGCUUUUGCCUCCAGUUCAAUGGAUGAAUACUGUGAUAAAAUGUUUGGUGAAGAAUCGUGCUUUGAGAUCUCCACAUGCUUUGGAGCAGACAUCUCACAGUACUCUAAGUUUGAGACAGAAAGAGAAGUCCUGAUCCCUCCUUACGAGGUUUUUAAAGUUAAAGAAAUAAAGAAAAGCUCUGAGCUCAACAAGCUUCCUUGUAAGGUUGUCUACAAACUUCAGAGCACAAAAACAACUCAUUCCAAUUUAAACUGUGCUUUUUUCAGCAAGGAAAGUCUGCUUGGUUUUAACUGAACUUCCCAGAAAUAAAAGUCAUGCUCUGCAGAUUUGGACAGAAUGUAAUACUUUUUUUUAAUGGGCUGCUCAGUUUUAUUUUGCAAAGAGAAGUAUUUACAUAUAUGAUAAGUGUACAACUGUAAGUCCGUACACCGACAACAUUUUACUAAUAUGUAAAAUUUGAAAUAAAAGUGUUUAAAAUGUCAAGCUAAAAUGAAAUUAGGACUGCUAAUGUGAUCCUCUAGUCACUACUGUGUAAAAUUAUAGAAAAUAAAAUUGGUUAAAAUGUAAAACUGAAAUUAAAUGACAUGACAUAAAAUUUAAAAGUGCACAUGACCUGUUCACUGUGUCCACGGCUCUCGCCCGUUGACCGCUUUAGAUAUUCACCGUCACCCCUCCCCAUCACACUAGGGAUAAGGGUGUUUCAUAAUAUAGUUUCAGAUUGAAGCAAAGGGUGUUUGAGGGGGGGGGUUCUCGAUUAAUUUUUACCCACAAAGCACAUGGGCAAAAACCAUUAGUGAAACGGUCACUGGGACUGA